AUGAGUUCUUGUUCUUUACAAACCUUGAAUGGUUCAUGUUUCUGUCAACACGUUCAAUUCAGCAUCCAUCUCUCUAACGAAGCCUCAAACACAAAUCAAUCGGAUCUCGAGAAGAAACAUAAAGCAGCUUCAGAAAUUAAACCCGAAAACUUGAUUUUAUCGGCUUAUUGUCAUUGCACUAAUUGUCAACGUCGGAAUGGUGCUCCAUUUGUUUGGACUACUCAUUGGAAACAUGAAGCGAUCAAAUGGAUCAAUUCAACUAUAGUACCUUUUGAUCAUCUCGAAAGUGGACUACCUAAUACGGUUCAAGUUUACGAAUUGACACCUGGUCAAGCAUUUAAGUUACAUUGCAAGAAAUGUGGUUCGCCUGUUGGUUCUUAUAGCAUCGCUAACAAAGAGUGGUGCAUUUGGGGUACAACACUUGAACGAUCGAAAUCCGAUUCGACCUCUACUGAUUUGACUUCAAGUCAACAUACGACUUUGAUCAAAGGAUGGGAUUUGAUUAAACCAACUGCGCACAUCUUUUACGACACUAGAAUCUUAGAUAUAAGGGAUAAUUUGGGCCGAUGGGUCGGCUACGAGGGAGACAGCGAGCAGCUGGCUUGA